AUGAUUGAGAAAGCUGCGGAUAGCUCUGGGGUCAUACCACGGGCACUCGAAGCACUCAUGUUUGCUAUAUAUGGCUCCGCUGUCAUGUCGUUAAGCCGAAACGAAUGCGAGCAACGGUUCACUGAGCCCCGUGAGCGUCUGCUUUCUCAAUAUAUCUCCGCGACAGAAACGGCGUUAUCGCGAGCAAAGGUGAUGGAGACUACCAGUAUAGUUGUUCUCCAGGCUUUAGUCAUACAUCUCAUUACAACCCGCGACAUCUACACACCACGCGCCAACUGGACCCUUACUGGUGCAGCUGUUCGCAUCGCUCAAGGCAUGGGUCUAGAGCGCGACGGAAAGUAUCUAGGACUAUCUCCCUUCGAAACCGAGAUUCGCCGGCGUAUAUGGUAUCAGUUGAAGACUCAUGAUUCUCGGGCUACGGAGUUGUGUGGCCUUUCGAAAUACCGAGAUCCUGAUGUCGGUCCCCACCGAGCUGAGUGGCCUCUCAAUGUCAACGAUGAUCAGUUGUAUCCCAGUAUGACUGAACUACCCCUACAAUCGGAUCGACUGACGGACGCUGUUUUCAUCGUGACAAGGUGUGAGAUGGGAAAGUUCGCUGCCGCGCGUAUCGCAGCCCUUCGACAAGAAGGAAAAGACCUUAGCCAGAUGAACCUUGACCAUUCGGGAAAAGACAAAAAGGACCGCGAGAGUAAGAUUCAAGAGCUCCAAGAGGCUAUCGAAACGAAACAUCUUCGUUACUGUGAUCCCUCUCAGCCUUUAGAUCUUGUCACAAUGCUAGUUGCUCGAUAUGGCCUGAACGUAGCCCGGUUCUUGAUGUAUCAUCCACGGAGCUGGGGUAGUAUCGAGCAAACACCGCUUGAGGAACGCCAGAAGAUAUGGGAAGUUUGUCUUAAACUUCUCGAACAACAAGUGAUGUUACAGACUAACCCCUUUAUCCAACGGUUUGCAUGGAACACGCCCUGGUAUCGGCAAUGGCACGCUUUCAUUCACGUAUUGGACGUUCUCCGGGCCAAUCCUGAGGUUUUUGAUGUUGAACGGGCUUGGAGACUCAUCGGUGAAACCUACGACAACAAUCCAGAUAUGAUUGAGGACAUGAGAAAACCCGUUCAUGCUGCUGUGGGCCAUCUAUGCUUGAAGGCAUAUGGUGAUCUGGAGGCGCUACUUCGUUCAAGAGAUGUAGUCAUAUCGUCGGUACCCAGUUUUAUAGCACGUCUACGUCACCAACGCGAUUGUGCAAGACUGAGACGGCAGAAACGCGAUGCGAAUAGCAGUCAUGUUGCUACCUUUACUGAUACAGUCAAAAGUAAUACGCGUCAGCUUGGCGGCAGUAUCCCAGUUGAUGACUCUGAUCUCUUACUGGAUUCGACACCCAAUCCAAUCCAAACGCCAUCUGGUCAUCCUCAUACUGUCUUUGAUGGUACCAAUCCUUCCACGUUCUCCAACGACUUUGACGGUUCAGGUUUUGAUAUCAUGGAGAUGGAUGGGUUGGACACCUUCUUAGCUGCGGACUAUAUCGUCGACGAUAUGGCAUUGGACCCCAUCGACUGGAGUAAAUUAGAUGACUGGCUUGCUCAUGUCACUUGA